GCCGUAGUAUUCCUCUUUAAAAUCCCUCUCUGAAAAUGUCAUGUCCCAACAAUGUGACUUCUAACUCGUUUUUGAUGGACUCGUUAGCCGGGACCUGCAGAGGGGAGAAUUAUUCCUCUAACCAAGGGAUGUAUAUGCAGUCUGGGAACGAUUUCAACUGUGGGAUGAUGAGGAACUGUGGAAUAAUCCCGUCCCUUUCCAAAAGGGACGAGGUGAAUAACGCCAGCCUCUCUCUCAGCACCUAUCCAUCUUACCUUUCGCAGCUAGACACCUGGUGUGACCCCAAAAAUACUUACCGACUCGAACAACCUGUUGCGAGACAACUCCCCUCCUGCUCGUUCCCGACCAAUGUCAAGGAAGAAAAUGCCUGCUGUAUGUACAAUGCAGACAAAAGGGCUAAAAACGCCACCGAGGCGACCCUCUACCCCAAUCAGAUGCCUGAACCUUGCCUCAGUGACCAUGAAGUCCCCGUGCCUAGCUACUAUCGAACCAGCCAAGGUUAUUCCUCCAUGGAGAAGGCGGCCAGCUGCAACAACCCGACCGAGUUUGAGGCAACUUUCGAACCCAGGGCGAGUCUCAACCCGAGGAGUGACCAUCUGGAGCAGCCGCCGCCGCCACCUCCGCCGCCACCACCUCAGCAACCCCAGCCGCCGCCGCCGCAGCCACAGACCGCCCCACUUCCUCCACCUGGAGCUAAGGCGACCUUCCCCGAAAACCCCAAGCCGGAGAAUCCUCCGAACCCCCCGGCCAACGAAAUCAAAACCGAGAAAAGUCUCCCCGUGGCCAAAAUCAGCCCGUCGGAAUCCGAGAAGGACCUGAACAAAUGCACAGAUACCAGCACUGACAAUUCGGACAACGAAGCGAAAGAGGAUAUAAAGGCAGAAAACACUACAGGAAAUUGGCUGACAGCAAAGAGCGGAAGAAAGAAAAGAUGUCCUUACACUAAACACCAGACGUUGGAACUGGAGAAGGAAUUCUUAUUCAAUAUGUACUUGACCCGCGAGCGCCGCCUGGAGAUUAGCAAGAGUAUUAAUCUAACAGACAGACAAGUCAAAAUCUGGUUUCAGAAUCGCAGGAUGAAACUCAAGAAAAUGAACAGAGAGAACCGAAUUCGAGAACUGACUUCCAAUUUUAAUUUCACCUGAAAGUGUUCACUAAAAGGAGGGGGGAGGGGAAAUCAUUACAAAUCUUGUGCAGUAUUUUUUUUUC